CACAACAUUAACCAUGUGUUUACUGCGACCCUAUGGAGCGUCAUAGUUUGACGCGCUGGGCUAUCCAGUGCGGUAGAAAGUGACGCCAAGGGGCCCUGACAAAGCGGUUCAGUAUGUGACGAAUUAGAAUGAGAACAUGUUGUUCCACCCAGAGACUCUAUUACCUGCAGGGCAUGGGGUGUUUCAUCUCAGGAUAAUCUAGCUCUGAUAGAAUCUUUAAAAGGGUUGCCUCGAGUUUUGAUCAGGCUCGUUCAUUUAUUAUCUUUACCAUGGCUCAGUUAACUUUUGUAAAAAAAAAUUGUGAGAAAAAAGUCAAACUUCCUCAUCAGAUCAUCUUUUACUGCUCCUCUAAAACAAGAAAAGUUUAACAUGCUGGUUUGUGUGUAUAGCGGCUGCCGCCAGCACUCUGCACAAUGGCUUCCCAUGCAUGUCACUUUGAAUAUUGAGUGCAACAUUUAAAGAUAGGAAAUAGAAACAGUAUCCUGCAGAUCCUGGCCACACUGAUAUCUUCCUCUUUUUGGCCUGCCUGCAGGGUUUCUUCCACUCUUUCAUGGCUUCAACAGCUUGUUAACAUCGUCUGUGAGGUUUCCAAAAAAUGUGGUUUUGUCAGGAGUGUCCACGUGUUGAAAAAGGAAAAAGAUAGAGGAGGAGGGAAGAUAUAAAAGUGAGGUAACUGAGGGAUUGAGACUUUAUCUUGCAGUCUUUCAGCAACAGGAUAUUUUCAAACAUGGAGCAGAUUGGUUUACUUGAUCCCUCCAGCUGGCUUCCAACCAUCUCUGAUUCUCACCAAAAGGAAAUACAAAGUAUAAUUUAACUAUUUGACUUUGUUGUACUAUUCCAAUUUUUCUAAAGCCAAAUUAACGAAGAUAUUUAAAGCAAAACUAUGGCAUCAACAAAGGGCAUGAGCAAGGAAGAAAAAGACCGCCUGAGUUCACUCUUUCACGUCUACGAUGUGGAUAAUUCAGGGAGCAUUGAAAAACAAGAGUUCCUUACUAUUUGUCAGGAGCUACAUGUUACAUCCCAAGAAGCAGAUGGCAUAUUUAACCGCCUGGACAUCGACAACGACGGCACAGUGACCUUAGAGGAGUUCAUCAGUGGCUUUAGAGAACGACAUCAGGAGGAAGGAGAUGACGCAGAACCAGAGGACGAGAAGUCCUCUGAGGACGAGUUUCCAAACAACGAGGAACAGGUCAUAUCCAGCCAGCCACUUCCCUCCAUCAAAGGUAUGAGCGUGGAGGAGCAGGACCGGUUGCGCACUCUCUUCCGCGCCUACGACGUGGACAACUCCGGCCGCAUCGAGAGGAACGAGUUCCUCACCAUCUGCGCGGAGCUGCAGGUGUCCGCGGCCGAGGCCGACCGCAUCUUCAACCGGCUGGACGUCGACAACGACGGGACCGUCACUCUGCUGGAGUUCAUCAGCGGCUUCCACGACCGCUACGGAGAGGACAUGGAGUCCGAGGGAGGAGAGGUGUCCGUGGCCUGGGAACACUUCGAGACGAGGCUCGGAGAGCAGGCCAAGUUCAUCCCCAGGAGUGAACUAGCAGCUACGUUGUACCAGAACAUCAGUCUGACUGAGCCCAGACUGAUUAAUCAGUUUGAGAAAGUCGUGAUGAACUUUACCAAAGAGAUCAAACAGCAGAACUCAGAGAUGGAGAACCUGGCCCUCGCCAUCAAACGAGCGCAGGACCAAGCGUCAAUGCAGCUCAGUGAAAUGGAGGAGGAGAUGGACCAACGCAUCCACGCUGCUGAGAGGAAAACACGAGAGCAGGAGAAAAAGAAAACAGAGGCCGCACUGAAUGAGUUACGGAGAAGUUAUGAAACUGAAGUGUGUGAGCUGCAGUGUAAAAUCCAGAGGAUGCAGAUGAUAGAAGAGAAGUACAAGAACAUCACUGUGAAAGACGAGAGCCCAGCUUUGAAGAAGAAGAUCAAUGAGCUAACGCUGGAGAACCAGCGAUUAAAACAGGAGCUGAUGAAGUCUCAGACCAAAGUUGCCUGUCUGCGUAGUGACAUGGACUCGCUAAAGACGGAGUUAACCGAUCAAAGCAUCAACUCUGAACAAGACGAGGAGCUCAUGAAACAAUUCUCUGAUGAGCGAGACGUCCUGGAGAGCCAGAUCGAGAUUCUGCAGACAGCCAACAGAAAGCUGCAUGACACCAACGAUGGCCUGAGAGCCGCCGUGGAGAGGACCGCCAGGUCUAGUAACGGUGGAUCACCAGGAGAAAUGAAGAACAGAAACAGAAGUAAAAGCAUCUGCUACACAUCACCCUAUGCACUAAUAGAUAGGUUCUCCCAGCGUAUGGAUGAAUACCCUCUGUACAACCGCCGGCCCAGCUGUGACACUCUGGCCUUGGCCAUGUGUGACCCAGGCCUGAGGCGCAGAGACAGCAGUGAGUGCGAGGAGGACAGCCUGCCGGAGAUCUACGUGGACAGCGGCUUGUCGACGCUCAGAGGUUCCCACGGAGGCUACGACUCAGAGCAGGAGGUCAAGGGUCAAGAAGAAGAGGAAGAGGAAGAGAGGGAGGAGAAGAAAGGGGAGGAUGACAAGAAUGAAAGCGUGACGGGAGGAAACUCUGACACUGAGCCAGCAGAGACUCAGGACACUGAAUCAGCAUUUGGGUCGGACAGCAGCUCAGUUUUGGACUGGAAGCCAUCUGAACCCAUUAGUGAGCCCAAACCUCCGGCCCCAACUACACGAAAAGCCCUCAGUGCCAUCAGUAUUCAGAAGGAUGACAAGGACAACAGCCUCGACCUGGGCUACAUGACAUCAGAGAAGGCCUACAGGAUCGUGUUGGCUGGAGAUGCUGCUGUGGGAAAAUCCAGCUUCCUGCUUCGCCUCUGCAAGAAUGAAUUUAAAUUAAACUCCAGCGCUACACUGGGAGUGGAUUUCCAGAUGAAGACACUAAUCGUGGAUGGAGAGCCCGUUUUACUACAACUAUGGGACACUGCAGGACAAGAAAGGUUUCGCAGCAUUGCAAAGUCGUAUUUCCGCCGGGCGGACGGUGUGUUGCUGCUGUACGACGUCACCUGUGAGAAGAGCUUUCUUAAUGUUCGAGAAUGGGUGGACAUGAUCGAGCAGGAUGUGUCCCAGGAGGAUAUUCCCAUCAUGCUUGUGGGUAAUAAGUGUGAUCUUAGACAAGAUGGAACUAGCUGUGUUCCUACCAGCUAUGGAGAAAAACUGGCCAUGACAUACAACACUCUGUUCUGUGAAACGAGUGCCAAAGAUGGCUCCAACAUCCUGGAGGCUGUGCUGCACCUGGCCAGGCAGGUAACAAAACAGGCUGCUUUUGGUGACAGUCACUAUCAGUCGCUGCCCAAGUUAGAUGCUCCAAGGAAGAAACCAAACUUCUCCUGCUGCACCUGAUCAAAUUCGUCAGAGCUGGACCUCAUCACAGGUGGAAAAAGGACUACUAAUGCAGAAACCUGCCAAAACAGAUACGACACAUAAUCUCUGCAGAAGUACAGCAACUGAACAAAUCAUCGUCGUGAAUAGCCAAAACAAUUUAACAUGGAUUUAGUGAGCAAACAAUCAUGGGAUCACAGCAGGAUACCCACAGCUUCUCAUCAGUUCACUCUUUUGUCAUUCAAGGUUAUUUAAACAUGAUGUAUUGAGCUUCAUUUCAGCCACAGCUUGGAGUCGUACUUUGGUUAUUUUAUGAAUGUUUAAGUCAGUUCUUGCCAAGUGAAAAUUAUGUUCAUUUUUUUUUUAUUAUGCUAUUACACAUAUUUGCAUAGGUUCCUUGCACAGUUUGCCCAGUAGAUACUGCCAUGUUGUGAAGAUACUCUAAGCAAAUCAUGAAAAGAGAAGGACAGCUGUGGAAGUGAAGUAAAAUGUGUGAGAAGGAUUUGAAAGUGAAGCCAGAAGCAUGUUUUUAAAGUGACAUUAGUAUGUGACACUGACAAGUACCUACAUGUGAUAGUGGACAGAUUUUAGCAUAUUGUAAUGGUGAGGAAAUAAGACAAAUAAGAAUAGAUUCUCAUCUGGUUCGGUUGAGCUAUUAACUGUGGCAGAAAUGAUCUGCAGCUUGUUGGAGGCCUGAAAGGAAACAGACGUUUGUUGUUUGCGCCACCCAGAAGCCCAAACUUUACUGCAAGUGAACUUCAUCGAUGGCCGACAUGGAGACACUAAGAAUCAUGGGAGAACUUAAAGAAAGAGCAUCUUUUUUAUUCGUAUACGAUGAACCCUGCAGCAGUGUGGGAUUGUAUGACACUUCAUGCUAAUGUCACAACCCAACGUCUUUGAUUUAUUACCCCACAGUGUUACAUUUCUUUUUAUUUGACUUCCCACUGGGGUUGACUGUUAUAGAAGUUAUAUGUUUGGAGUUGAACGUAUAGCAGAUCAUGAAUGCCUUAAAUAACUACUGUCAUUUUAAUAUCUGGUAUGAGGAAUGAAAAUGAGGUAGAAGAGAGGUGGCAGGAAGCAGAGUCCUUACUUGUAUCCCUCAGAUGCAGUACAUGACUGUAAUUCUGUUUGAAUGCAUGUAUGUUAUCCUGGCAAAUUGUCACUACUGAUGUUAUGAAUAUGUCUUAUUAGUAUUUCUUAAUAAUAACGGCAUACUAUCCAAGUUAUCAGCCUGCUGAAGGGCAGUGUAAGUAAAGGAGUCAAUAUGAUAUAUAUAUAAAGUAGUUUGUUUGAAGCCUA